AUGCUGGAAAUUCACGAAGCUGAUAAGGAGAAUAAGUGGAUUAUACCUGUCUUUCUUGAUGUUUCUCCUUCUGACAUCAAAGAAGAUAGUGGAUCAUUUCAAGUUUUUAUUACAGAAAACCAGAAGAAGGUUAAUUUGGACAGGGAACAGGCUAAAAAGUAUAGAUGCGUCUUGAGAUCGAUAGGGCCAAUUGCUGGAUACUCUCUCAUAACUGACGCAAAUGGGGAUGAAGCAAGACUAUGCACCAUGAUAUGUGACCGGAUUUCGAGCAUAUUGAAGCAGGUACUGCUUGGUGUGCAACCUAUUGGGAUUGAUUCUCAAAUAAAUGAGGUGAUGAUUAGGUUGGAAGGAGAAACCAAUGGCAUUAACAUAGUUGGAAUUUGUGGAAAAGGUGGCAUUGGGAAGACAGCGAUUGCAGUGACCAUCUUUGAUAAGCUCUCUCAUGAAUUCAGAUACACCAGCUUCAUCUCAGACAUCAGUGCGAUCAGACGAAAAUUUGGAUGCAAGAAAGUGCUCAUAGUUCUAGAUGACAUUGAUGACACUAAACAACUUGAUGCAUUGGUAGAUGACCAAGUACAUGUAAAACGAGAGCAUGUAUUUGGUGCAGGAAAGAAGGUUGUCAAAGUUGCAGGAGGCCUGCCAUUAGCUCUAAAAGUAUUUGGGUCACAUUUUUCCUCAAUAAAUAGAGUUAGAGAAGUAUGGGAGGUUGAGUUGGGAAAAUUGCAAAGACAUUCACAUCAAAAAGUUCUUGAAAGACUUAAAAUAUGCUAUGAUGGGUUGGAGCUUACACAGAAGUAUGUAUUUUUAGAUGUAGCAUGUUUCCUCAUUGGGUCAAGUAAAGAGGAAGCAUUAUUCUUCUGGGAAGAUCACUAUGCUGCAGAUAGUGCAAUUAAUGCUCUUGAAAGCAAGUCUCUUCUCACCAUGGAUGUUGAUAAUCGGUUCAGAAUGCAUGGGCGAAUUCAGGAUAUGGGAAGAUGGAUAGUUAAAGAAGCAGGCGAUCUCAAUCCACACAUGUACAGCAGACUUUGGGAUAGGGAUGAUGUAUCUAAGGUAUUGGAGGAUGCAAAGCAAGCUACAGAACGAAAGCAGGGCACUCUGAGCAAGUGUGUAGAGGAAGCAUGGACAAGUGCAAUGAAGGCCAAUCCAGGGCAGUCGCUCCUGGGAAUCCCUCAGGAAGACAAAGCCAGAGCACGGGUAAGGCAGGCACAUGACAAGAAUAGAGAGCAAGCCUGUCUUGAAUUUCCAGAAGGCACAGAACUGCAGCAUGAGCACCAAAGUUCACUGCUCGGAAAGCUUCUUCGUGACUUACAGCGGAGCCACAAGGAAAGUGGAUGA